UCAUGGACAGCUGUUAUCGUAUUAAAGCCUGGCUGAUGUUUUAGAUAACAACCCUUUAUAUUUCCCUUAAUGAUUUGCUGAAAACCUGCAUAAAGCUAACAAACUGUGCCCCUUUGGUAGACAACCACCUCCUUUUUUCCUUUAAUUAUUAUUUUUUAGAUAAGGAUCUAAGCUUAACCCCAAAAGGGAAGCUCUCAGAAAAGGAGAAAGUGUCAGUCUUUUCCCCACCCCAGUAGUGUUUCAAAGCAAUGGUAUUGGGUUCUUUAUCAAAGAGCCAUUUUCUUUGGGGGGGUCUUGUGAGUUUUUUUAGAUCAUUCAGAAUGUUGCUGAACUGUUGAUGGGUAUUUGAACUAAUUAAAAGCCUUCCCAAUCCAUUGGGAUGAUGUUCCAAUGGCAAAAAAGAAGAAUUGGUUUGAUCGUUUGAAGAGGCUCUUGGGUUCAGGUACCAAAUCAAAGCAAGAAAAGAAGGAGAAGAGGAGGAAAUGGGCUUUUGGGAAAUUGAAGUCCAAAUGCCUACCUUCUCUCCCUGCUCCAUCCCUGAGGAGAUCGAGAUCACUGAGCGACGCGGAGCAUGAGCAGAGCAAGCAUGGUGCCGCUGCUGCUGUUGCUGCUGCUCAUGCAGCUGCUGAAGUUGUCAGGCUCACCGGAACGCCUGCACCAUCUCAUCAUCGGACGCAAGAGAUUGCGGCUAUUAGGAUUCAGACUGCAUUCCGCGGGUAUCUUUCAAGAAGUGCACUGAAAGCAUUGAGGGGUUUGGUCAAGCUUCAAGCCCUAAUUCGAGGACAGGUAGUGAGGCGUCAAACAACAAAUACACUGAAAGGAUUGCAGUCCCUUAUGAAGAUUCAAUCACAGGCUCGUGCCAGUAGAGUGAGAGCUUUAGUUAAUAAUCAUUCUCAUGACUGCAAAGACGUAGCAUAUAGAAAAAUGAAGAAUUCAGAAGUUAAGAAGGCAGAUCUUCAAGAAAACAAUGGAAAGAAGUGGAACAGCAGCAUCCUAUCAAAGGAGGAGAUGAUGACCUUACUGAAUAACAGGAGAGAAGCUGCACUAAAACGAGAGCGAGCAAUGGAAUAUGCAUCAUCUUAUCAGGAGCGAAGGAGACCCACAACACCAGUAUCUACAAAAUUAGAUCCUGAUAUUGAAGACCGCAGAUGGAGCUGGCUUGACGAUUGGGUAGCUCAACCUCUCAACAAAGACAUCCCUGAUAUUUUCUCAACACCAUGUAGAGAUAAUCACAAUACUAAAGAAAAGUUUUUGGCAAGGAGAUCAUUCAACCGAUCACGAAGAGCUUCAGCUAGAGAUGAUGAUUCCUUCUCAAUCUCCCCUUCCUUUCCAAGCUAUAUGGCAUCUACUGCCUCUGCUAAGGCGAGAUUUAGAUCAUUGAGCACACCAAAACAACGAUUAAGAACAGUUGACACUUUCUCUGAGUUUGGUGCUCAAUAUAAUGAUAGGCUUCUAUCGCCUUUGCCGUCGGUUGUAAGUGAUGUGGGAUUAAGCAAGAUUCAGACGUCCCCGCGACCAAAAAGUCGAGCAGGACCUGUAAAAUGCUGUCGCUCUUCAGAUUAUCUCAGCUUUGAUUCUGAUUCAUUUCUGAACUGGGAUCAGCAGAAUGCUUUUAGGUGAUCCUCAUAAACUAAGUUUGUGCAGGUUUUGCAAGUUCCUGAAUUACAUUGUAUGGUUUUUUCCCAUGAACAGGCUUGGUUUUCUGUGCAACCAUAAUCUUUUUGAACGUUAUGCUGGAUUGUCGUGACAAUUGAUUAUAGAAUAAGAAAUCCUGUGAUUUCAUUUUA